AUGCCAACAGACAUCUUCGAACAAUACGACCACAAAUGCCUCACAGAACCCGAAUCCUACCCGCCAAAGAAGCAAAAAGAAUCAAUAUGUUACAAACUGAAAAGAUUCUGGUUCUCGAUUACUCUGGUAUCUGAAUACAAUUCGAUGACCGUGGAACACUUCACCAGCCAUUAUCAGUUGAGAGACGAGCGUAAGAGGCACUAUUACUCAUCGAAUUACUUCGUAAUUCAUCCGCUGAGCAUUUUCGCGGCCAUAGACGACUUUAUUUUGUGUUUGUAUUACAGCCUGGCGAUUUUUAUGCGGCUCAUCGAUGUGGCCUUUUUGAGACAAAACCACUUGUCCCAUCCCAUGUACGAGUUAGUUAUUCCAAUGUUCAAUAUUGUCGAUAUGAUGACUUGGUUGAAUUUGGGCACCUUGUUUUUUAGAGGAUUAAUCACUAAAAAGAAGAUUAUUAUAGAUUUGAAGGCAAUUGUUAAAUACAGAUUGACGAGUGUUUUUUUUUGGGCUGAAUUAAUCUCUUCAGUUCCAAAAUAUAUGAUUUGUCCGCAUAAUGAAUCAUGUACCGUACCAGUUUGGUUGUUUUUAACAGCCUUACGCUUAUUCGUUUUGUUCCUGAUAGACGAUCCACCGGUGUUAUUGAAACAGACUUUGAGACACUUGAAAUUCAAAUCCAGACAAACUUUACUUAUUCUACAUGUUUUAGUGCUUGUGGGCAUUGUUACUCACAUAAUGGCUUGUACUGGAUUUGCAAUAUCCAGAUACAAUACUUUUUUUGGAACAAGUUCCAAUAACUCUUGGAUUUUCUAUAACGAUAUUAUAAAUCAACCCAUAUACAGGCAAUAUGCUUAUGCUUUUUUUAGAGCUUCGGCUCAAACUUUUGCCAUAAAAAUUACUGAAUUUCCUAAUAUAACUUGGGAAGAAUAUUUCAUAAGUUGCAUAAAUUAUGCAGUUGGAAAAAUUAUGCAUUUAUUAAUGUGGGUGGUGAUACUCAAUGUUUUAUUAACCAUACACAUUCAAGAAAUAAGGUUUCAAGAAAUAUCGUCCCAAUUACGAAAUUGGAUGGACAAUAGAGACCUACCACAAAAUGUACAAAAAAGAGUUGUAGAUUAUUACAAUUUUCAUUACAGGAAGAAAUUUUUCAAUAAAAAGGAAGCCCAAGAUGAACUGCCCGAAAGCUUAAUGACAAAAGUUAAAUACAACAUGCAUAAACUGUUAAAAAAAUGCAACAUUACCCUUUUUAGUAGACUUAGUGAUCAUGAAAUUCAAACUUUAGCAGAUCAUUUCGAAACUGAAGUCUACAUGCCUAGAGACGUAAUCCUCAACUACGGAGCUCUAGGCACUCAUUUGUACAUAAUCGCUUUCGGAACUGUCGCCCUUUAUACUCGUUCCGGUAAAGAAGUUUGUCAUUUGUACGACGGAUCUUAUUUCGGCGAAUUGUCUUUGAUAUUGAAACAACACAAAGUCACUGUAAGCGUCGUCGCAUUGGAAACGACCAAAAUUUAUAAACUAUCCAAGAGAUUAUUGGACAAAUAUAUUUUGUCUAAUCAAGAGUUGAGGAAGAUGUUUGUUGAAUUGGCUCAAGCGAGGCUCAAGUUUAUUAUAAAAAUGGAGGACGAUUAUAAGAAGGAGCUUUUUGCUGAAAAAUAUAAGAUUUGA